AUGCAUCGUCAUAAGCAACAUAACGCUUAUAGAAAUAAUUUUUUUCUAAUUCCAUCAAGUUCAAUAUCUUCACGAAUUACUCAUAAUCAAUCUUCUGGUUUUCGUUUGCGUACUCAACAAAGUCCUUAUUCAAAUGCAACACCUAUUCCUACAUAUUCUACACCACGUGUUCAACAUCAAUAUCAACCAUCAACAACAGUUUCUAAAUUAGUUAAACCAAUACUAACAUUUGACAAUCAAAAAUCUUCUAAAUAUCAUCGAUCUCCUAUAACUUCUCUUCCAUUAAUAUAUAAACCACCAAAUUCAAGUCGACAAUCAUCAAUUAAUGAUGAUCGUCUUGCUACAGCUAGUAUUAUGCGUGAACAUUUAUUAAAAAACAUUCAACGAAAUAUCAGUGAGAUUGAUCAAGAAUUAUCUACAUUAAAAAAACGUCCUUCAAUUUCAAAUUAUGUUUCACCACGUCUUCCAUCUAUAGUAGAUGAACGGUCAACAUCUUCUCAAAAAAAUAGUCCUUUAUCUAAUGAUGAGAAACAAAUUUGGCCAAAUAAACCUAAACGAGUUUAUCAAGUUGUUCCACGUAUAACAAGUGAAACAAAAAAAACAUCACAACAAUCAACACCAAAGUUAACUGAAAAAAUGACUUUUAAUUCAGUCAUUGGUCAAUAUCAUUAUGCACCAGAAACACAAGAAAUUCAAAUUCUUGAAAAUGAUCCUGAAAAUUCUGAUCUUAAAUCAACGUUUGAUGAAAUAUCUCGAUUCAAUUUUCAUGAAACAUUUUCUCUCAAUCGAUUUCGUCGUCAACAAUCUGGUUUACCACAAAACCGAGCAUUGAUUUUAGUUCCACAAUAUGUUGAUAAUUAUAACAUUGGAAUUAAUGAGUCAACAGAAGAGUUUCAUCAAAAAAAUCCAAUUGAUACAAAUUUUGCUCGAUCAUCAUCUGUUAAAUCUCUUCAAGAUUUAACAUCAUCUAGUAAACUAAGAAUUCAAGAUUUUCAAUCACUUAUUCAAACUGCACCUCAGCCUAAAAUUCAAAUAUCAUCUGAAAAUGUUCUCGACUCUCAUGAAUCAUCUAAUAAAGAAGAAGUAAAUUUAAAUAAUACAAUACUUUCUAAACCUAUUAAACAUUCUCGUCUAUCAACAAAAACUCAAGAAACACUAUCUUCGUCUUCAGUACCAAUGAGAGAUUCAGAAAAUUAUACUGGUAUUAACAUGAAUUAUUUUUUCGGUGAUGCUAGAAACGAGUGUGAAGGCGAAGAAGAUCUUAUAUCGAUUGAUCCUUAUAAUUUUGCUCUACCAAUUGAAUCAGAAUUUAUUGCUGAUGACAAUAGAUGUAAUACUUUUAUCAAACAAUCUCAAGCAUCCUUAUUAAAUCCUCAUGUAUUAAGACAACAACAAACCAUUGAAAAUAAUACUCAGUAUGUCAAAGAAACAGAAAAGAAAGAAAUCGACGAAACGACGAAGCACAUUGUUACUCCGAUGUCUACAUCAUCAUCAUCAAAGAAAAUCCUUCCAAUUUCAAUUUUUGACGACACAAAAACUCAGUCUGCUAGAAAUAACAAUAAUAGUAACGAAGAUCACGAUAAGCAUAAACAAGAUUUUUAA